AUGGCAGCCACGCUUUCCCACGCAAAGGCUCGCCACCCGGGACGGCGGAUCCUGACUUGUUCAGAAGGACCUAAUGGGUCACCGGAAAACCAGUUUUUCUCCAGCCCGGGCUGCACGUCCGGAGCCAGCCCUGGGCUCUGCGGGGACCGGAGCAGCGCCGCCCUCGGCUCCGGAAAUGUCCCUCCGCAACUCCCCGGGGACGGAGUGGGCCGCGAUGAACACCCCACCCAGCAGGACAAAGGGGAAAGGCAGCUUCAAAACGAGGAUGGGGGACCAAGGGCGGAGGAUGGAGAGUCGGGAGGCUCCGGCCAGGCGCCCCCGCACAGCUGCACUGAGCAGGCGCGCCCGCCGCCACCGCCCAACGCGGAGUCACAGUGGCCGCGCGCCCGCGUCCCCUCGGUGGCUGUGGCCGUGCGCGCGCCGGCGCCUCCCUGCCUCGGCCCGGGCUUAGCGGGGUGCAUGGAGGGGAAGGAGGAGCAGCCACAACAUAAAAUAGAAGAUGGGGCUAUUGUGCAUGACACUGAGCAAAAAGAAGAAGUUAAAUUUGACAAAGAACCUGGAAAAAUCUCACCACAUUCAAAACCACGUGCUGGAAGAGGACGUGUUUAUUACGCUAAAUUCAUUAACACAAAUGCAAGAACACAUAAUGAGCCAGUUCCCUACAUAGAUCCCAAAUAUGGGCCAGAAGAACAGGAUGACUGGUGGCCACAUGAUAAAGUCCUGGAACAUUCCUUUCAACCACCUUACGACACUAAAAGCACCCAGAGAAGCGACUUCCGAAAGCCCGCGUGCCCACUGGUUUUGCCCAUCAAGCACAGCAGGCUGCAGAAACCUUCUUCAGGAAUCGUUCCACUUGCCUUUCCUAAUGCAUCAGCAGAACUUCAGAGCAAUUUUAUAGAACGCAUCUCCUUUAUACAUCAAUAUGAUGCCAGGAAAACGCCCAAUGAGCCCGUCCAAGGGAAGCGACAGGGAGCGUUUGUGCAGAAAGAAAUAAAACCGGGGACUAGGCCAAUAGUUCCUAAGGGAGCAGAGGUAUUACCAAAUCCUCCAGGGUCACGCUCCUCCGAAAAGCCCGACAAGACAGAGAAAGAAGACUCAGCACAAAACAGCGUGACCUCACCCCAUCUCUGCCUUCAGAAUCCCCAAGAGCUAAUAGAAACUGAAGUUCACUUAUCAGAAACAGACAUAAACGAGGUGGCCCAGGCACACCCCCAGAGUCCAGAGAGAAAGGAGGGCUCAGACCUACAGACAACACAGACAACGGCCGGCGAUGUUCUGCUCACCAGGCACCAGCCUUUAAGUCCAUCAAUAAAAAGUCAGGAUAAAGCAAGAUAA